UCCAUCUUGGAUAGUUUCGUGAUAAAGGGUUUGAAGGAAAAUCCGUUUCAUCGUUGUCUUCGAAAGGUUUUUCUCUUGGAUAAUACCAUCAAUUUUUUCUUAGUAAUCCUAAGUUUUCCUUGUUUGUCUCUUAUUUAAAAUUUAAUGCCACUGAACCUGUCAAACAUGGUUCUAAAGUUAAGAAUCGCCGUCGUUUGCUCCAGUAACCAAAACCGCAGUAUGGAAGCUCAUAAUUUCUUAAGCAAGCGCGGUUUCAAUGUGAAGUCAUUUGGUUCAGGAGUUCAAGUGAAGUUGCCCGGCCCAGCUCCGGAUCGACCAAACAUUUAUUCAUUUGAUACAACCUACGAUGAAAUGUACCGAGAUUUACUGAAAAAAGACCCUCAACUCUACAAGCAAAAUGGAAUUCUUCACAUGCUGGAUAGAAACAGGAGAAUAAAAGCACAUCCUGAGAGAUUCCAAGAAACUGAAGAAGAAUUUGACCUGGUGGUUACAGUGGAAGAAAGGGUGUAUGAUCAAGUUAUCGAGUAUCUUGAAUCACGUGGCGCUCAAAGCUACUCGCCAGUCCAUGUCAUAAACCUUGAUAUUCAGGAUAACCAUGAAGAAGCUACAUUAGGAGCAUUCCUUAUAUGUGAAAUGUGUCAAGCUAUUGAAGGCCUAGAUGACUUAGAAAAUGAAAUUGAUGAAGCUAUUCCUAAACUAGAAAAGAAAUGGAAAAGAAAUUUGCUUCACACAGUAGCUUUCUAUUAGAUAUUGAGUAUUUGUACAAACAGUGAUAUUUUAUUCAGUCUAUAAUAUAAGUGUAAAUAGCUUUAAACAAUUUUGUAUUUAAUUGAGUAAUAUCAUUGUGAAGCUAUAGACAAACAAAUGGUUUGCUUCCAAGCCAGCUCUCCAGAAGGUUGUCAUUUAACUUAGAUGAAUUUAGAAGCAGAGACAGACAUUUAAUUUAAGGCUGGUGAAAGAAGUGUUGAUCAAACAGCAUUAGUUUCAUUAGCAAAAUAAACAGUACAGUGUUUAAAUGUGCUUGCAAGACAACCACUUAGGAGUUGGUCAUCUGUCUCACCUUUACAUGCCUUGCUUAAGUGAAAAUAUAGUCAUUUGUACUAUGUUUUGGGAGUUUUUUGAUCACCUAGUCACAGAGAAAACAAGUAUCUUUAAUUAAUUUACAAAUACUAUUUAUGCAGCCCACAUCUUUCAAACUGGAAUCAGUUAUUUUUGAAUCUGUGUAUUUUUAAUGUGAAACCACAAACUGAAAAGACAAAAGAAGUUGACAAUUUGAUAUUUUUUUCACGAAUUGUUCACUUGAUAGACUCAAUUGCAAUCCUGAAGGUGAUCCAGAUUGUUAAAAUAUAUAUAUAUACAUACAAACGGCUUAAACAACAGUGAACAGUAACAAGUCUCUCUUCAAGGGUGAAGGGAAAUGGAAUGCAGAAGUUGUUUCAAGGAAUAAUAAUUUUACUGAUUUUGUAAUUAAUAGGUUUUUCCAGCUGUGACGAAUCUGCAUUCAAUCUUGAUCUUGAAUAGUACAGGGUGCUUUACUUGAAACAGUUAAAAUAUGAUUAGCUAUUCAUCUCGAUUACUAUUUCGUGUAAAGGUUUCCAUUUUCAGUAUUUGUUUUUGUUUUCCUCCUUUGGAAGUGAAGAGCUUUGCUUUACUUUGCGACAUAUAUGUGAAAAUUGUGCUAAAAAUAUGGGUGUACGACUUGAUUGCGUUAUUACACGGGGAUUGAAUGGAGAAAAUUUAUCGUUUACUUCCUAAAACUGUCUCAAGUGUAUUUCAUCGGCACAAUUUUGUGCAAUUGCUUUACCACUGUGAGUAUUUUUUUUUUACUGUACACCGCUAGAACUGUCUGUAACCUCACACGAUAGUUCAGUCAAUGAUGGAUUUAUUUAUAUUGACCUCAAACAAGGAGUGGACUUCAAAGAUAUAGUUAAAUUAUUUUCUUGUCGUACAGCUUGUACUUUCAUCAGCUAAUUAUC